UAACAUAAGUGUUAGGGGUAAUUUCAUAGGAAACUAUAAUUUCACGCGUUCUUUGCUUUAAUUUGUCAUUCCUUUAAUCAAAUCACAUUUAAUCUUUAGCAGAAUUAUUACUGGAAAGCAAUGCUGCUUAGUAGUAAAUUACAAGCAAAUUCUCAAAAUGAUAUGAAUUGGGAAAGUUUAGCUCAUAUAAUCAUUACAAACUUCUAUGGAAGAGGCGGAAAGAGACGUGGAAAUCGAUUUCGAAUAAUGAAUUUUGAAAGAGAUUUAUAUAAUUUCGUUCCAUUUGCUCUCAAUUGUUUUUUAAAUAUGUCAAUCGAGUUUGAAAAUCCUGAUAGGUGGAAUAAUGAAGAACAAGUUUUAGCUGAAAACGCUGAUAAGGAUUACUUUUAUUAUGACCAUGAGGAAUAUGAGGUAAUAGCAGCAAUCAUAAAGUCGUGUAGAGGAGACAAAAUGAAUUACAUCAAUGUUCUUCCCGUGAUUUACAAACACGAUGGGAAUUUGAAUUUCACGCCUUUGUUCAGUGUCCGAAAAAAUAUCGAGGACGAGUCAAUGUUUGUAGAUGCCAAGGGAAGAACUUACAAUAAUUUUAAAGAUUGGGAGGACAACAAUGGUCUUCCGUAUCCUUGUGAUUACAUGUUUCCUUCAAAUGGCAUCUUGAAUGGCUGGAGCGUUACGAAAAGAUUUAAAGAAAAAGAUUCAAACAUUGAGAAAUUUCUUCAUUCGCUUCCAAGUCAAGGUUUCAAUGGAACAUCGUUUACUACUUUAUCACCUAUUAAUGGAUCAUACGAUCACGUCGAUGACUUUAAAUCUUUUAAUAAUGAGUUAAGUGAAUUAAGAAAAUCUUUUGAGUUCUUUCAAGUUAGCGGAGAGUAUUUAGAUAAAAACAUUCAGAAAGACGAUGAAAUCAUUUUAAAACAAUUUAUGCCAUCUGUGAAAUCACUUUUGGAUUCAGAUGACACUCAGACGGUAAAUAAAGAAGAUGUUAAAAAUCUUAUCAAUGCUACGACAUUUUUUGAAAAUCCCACGACAAUUCAGGAUAUUGUGAAGCUUAUCAAAUUUUACAAGAAGUCGUCUGUUGGUUGUUUAAAAGUCAGCAUUCUCUUGGGAUUCUUCAUGAACACAAACUUUUUCUUCUACAACGCUUCGAAGCUUCAGUUUAUAGCUGAAUUGUUUAACAUCUCAAAGCUGAUAAACGACGACAUAAAUUUUCGAAUUACAAACAACAAAGAGAUCGUCAUUGGUUCUCUUCUUAUACCUUUGGAUCUAUUGAAUGAAGUUGAUUGCGAUGAGCUAGUAAAACUCACAAGUAGCUUGAUUAAGCUUCAUAGCGAUGACGAAGAUGGCGAUCAAAAACACUUUCAUAUUUUAAAGAAUAUUUCAAAAUUCUUCGAGAAUAAUAAAGAAUUUCUUCGUGUCAUGAUGACAGAGCACAAAAUUUUAAGUGGAAAGAAACAUGUUUACGACACAUCACAGCAUGAUGAAGUUAACAAUGCUUCAUAUGAAGCUUCUGCUGAUAUUCCUGACUUGAUAGUCUACAAAAAUUCUGAGAGGAAAAUGAUGAUAAAUUACGAUAAUCACGACUAUGAAAUACCGAAAAAUUUCAUCAACGUUGACGAUUCCAGUGAGUGGAAGCACAUCAUCAAAAUACUUCGUAAGAAUGUUUUGGUAUUCAACGAACUCGAGAGUCUUAUUUACAGCGACAAGUUAGAUUCCAUCAAGCCUGGAGUCAUUUUUCAUUUCACAACAAACGUAGAAAAAUUCGAAAGUUUGGCAGCGAAAAAGUCAAGAAAGUCUCGUCUUGAGGUUUUUCCAACAUUGGUUGCCACCUACAAUCUUUUACUUCAACUUUGUAUACCUUUCUACAUGAAAAUAUGUCCAUGGGGACGUCCAAUUUUCGUGAUUGGAUAUGAAACGAAAGUUUAUCUCGACGACUUAUUUUACAUUCUUUCAACACAAACAAGUUCACUGAGAGUUUUCCGUGAAAUUUGCAAUAUUCAAAGAGACGUUUCAUAUGAGCUUGAACGAAUAAUGUGGGAAAUGAACAACGCUCAAGUUUGCUUCAAGUGGCUUGAGAAUUUACCACAAAAUAGUUUGAAGCAUCUUUUGGAACUACAUGAGGAUGUAUUUUCAAGGGAAUACAAACAUAUGGUGAAGCUGAUAAUAACAAACACUUCGGAAGACAGUAAUGGCCCCAUUUUGUUAACUUCUGGCUUUUAUGGACUUAUUGUGUCACUUCAUGUGCUUCUUGCACUUGAUAAAGAAGAAAGAUUGACGAUUUUGCGAAACUUUGAACAUUUGGGAGAUCUAGACUUGCUGAUGAAUGCCAUUGGACUGAUGACGGUUGCCAUGAGAAACAUAACAAUUCAUGAACCUGCUUGGAUUGAAUGAGAUCCAACAUUGAUAGCUUCAAUCUACUUUUUAAUAUUCAAAAUAUGACUCAAUAAAGGAAAAACUGAUCUCGUUCAGCAUCAUGAAGCAAUUCUCCAUAAAUCAUCUUUUCGAAUGUUUAAACAAAUUAAUAGUCUUUGACCAUAAAACAUAUUUAAUAACAUUGCGGUGGUUUUUUUUCUCACGAUCAAUGCAGUUUGUUACAGAACAACACCAAAAAACAAUAAAAAUGAGAAGAAGCAACAAGCGAAUGAAAACAAUGGAAAAAAUAGUAUUUUUAAUAUUUAUUUACUAUUCGCGAACUAAAAGCGAAACUAACGAAGAAUAACUUUGAGCUUUUUUUCAUUUCUUUAUUUUUCUCAUUGAAAAACUUGCAACUCGCUUCUCAACUAACAUCAGCUUCAGCUGGUUCAACAUGUUUCACAAACUCUUGUACUCAGUCUUUCUCCAGCUCUCGUCCGUGAUAGUCGUGAAAGCUAACAACAGCUAGCGGUGGUGAAGAGAAGAAAAGUAAAAUAAAUUUCCGUUGCAUUUAAAAUUGAAGUUCAAUAACAUUCGUCUUAAAGUCUCGCACUUAGUCUCGCAACACAAUAAAGUUAAAUAAAAAUUUUCAAUGGUCCGUUACGAUUUUUAUUAUUUGAUUUUCGGAUCAGACACGAGAAAAAUAUUUUUCAGCACAACUCGAUAAAUUAUUGAAUGAAAAGUGAAAAUUAUUAAAUUCCGUAGAGAUUUUUUUUCGAGUA